UGACAAAAUCUCACUUGCAAAAUUUGUUCACUAUAUAUAUGAAUGUUGAAAGAAAACAUUUUAUCAGAUUUAAAAAUGAGCUCCAAGAGUGUACUGGAACAUUUUACUGUUCCUGAUGACUUCCAAAAUGGAAAUACUUUCAAAGGAAAAUGUAUGCAUUGUGGCACCCUCAUUAGUGGAAGUUAUAAAGUUACAUCCAACUUUGUUACACAUAUGAAGAGAAAACACAGAGAUUUGUACAUUCUGCAUUCUGAGAAUAAAGAAAUUCAGCCAACAUUGACACAAUGCAUAAAAAAAAGUGUAAAAUAUUCACCGUCUGAUCCAAAACAGUUAGAAAUGACAAAUGCUCUUAUAAUGUUCAUAGCUGGGGAUCUUUUACCACUCUCUAUUGUCGAAAGUGAAGAAUUUAAAAACUUGAUGGAAAAAGCUGACACUAAGUAUCAAGUGCCUAGCAGAAAGCAUUUAUCUUCGAAACUUCUACAUGAAAAAUUGGUUGAAAUAAAAAAUAACCUUGUAAAUACUCUUAAAUGUAUAUACUAG